CUGUCUUAAGUACUACUACGUCAUCUUCUGCUCCACUCUUCCAUCAUUUCGUUACUUUUUACCCUCUCUGGUCUGGUCUUUCUUCUCUUCAGAAGAAAUUUUUAGGGAUUUCAAAAAAAACCCAAAAUGGGAAAAACCAGUCAAAAGAUUCAAAAGCCACUUUUAGAUUUCCGCUCAAUCAAAGAUGAUGCUUGGUACACAGUAGAUAGACUGGUUCUAAGCAAGCAAAACACCGUUCUUACUGUGAAAUUCUCUGGGUUUGAUGAAGAAGAUGAUGAGAAGUUCAAUGUCAAGGGUUUCAAAACAGUGAAUGAGUUGGAUCAGUUUUUGAACAGGUUCCGUCCAGCUUGUGUCCAGGUACAGGAUGGAGAGUGUUAUGAUUUGAGACGUGGAUCGGAUGUCUGUGCAGUACUCGAAGAAGGUGAAAAUGAUCAUAAGUUCUACAAUGGUGUCAUUGAAUCGAUAGAACGUGAACCUCACACACGGAAAGGAGGAGAAGAGAGGUGUUCCUGUAUAUUUGUGUUGGGUUGGCUGGAAGGUCCAAAUGCAAGGUGUACUGAACAGAUGGGGAUUAAACGCAUUUGCAAACUUCAACCAGGAUCCCCAUUAUUUGAUUACUCGCUCGAAUGUUUCAUGAAGAGGUCACGGCAACAUCUUGAUUCACUUUUGAAAUGAUAACAGUAUGCAAGUCGGUAAGGUAAUAGAUGGGUUUGUAGUUUUGUUUUGGUCAGCAGUAAGUUACAAAUAGUAUGGGGUUGGAAACUAGAAAAUUCAGACUUGGUGGAACCGUAUCUCUACCUUUGUAAAUAUUGAUAUCCACUAGCUCAACUCGGUUUUAUUAAUUCCGUAGUAAUGGUUCUUGUUAAGUUGAAACUGAUACCCGCAAGUUUCAUGUUUGUCAAGUUGAAUCAUGAUGUAUCCUCGGCUUCAUAACCAUUUUAUUUCCCCA